CCUUUCAACAUGUUCAAAACACAGUUUGUAGUCAAUUGCAGGGUAUAAAGGAGUCUUCCAUCCGUUUCAAGGGAGCUUACGAAAGCAGUCCCAUAACACAAUGCCUAUCAUGAUGCGCCAUACAGGACCUAAAAAUUGUCGCCUUGACUAAAGUUUUUAGUUCUUUUGUAUCAGGUACGUGCCUGCUGGCUUAUAACUUCUUGAGGGUAAUAGGGCCUACCAAAGGAAAAAUGGUAUCAGAUAUGGCAGACUUCUUUGGAUUUAAUGAGAUUUGCUGUCGAGAAUACAUCAUCUUUGUGACAAUAUUCCUCCUCGUUCGUCUACUUGUUUCCCAUGGAUCAUUUAAGAAGAGAACUCCACGGCCAAAUUUUAAUCAACUCCUACCAUUCCCACCGGGGCUCCCGUUUUGGGGGAACCUGUUUGCUUUCAAGGAUGACAUGCGGGAUAUUUUUGCGAAAUGGACCGAUGAGAUUGGCGGCACAUUUCGGCUUCGGAUCGGGCCUGUAAUGGACGUAGUUGUGGUGAACGAUUUGGAAACAUUAAGAGAAGCAUUUGUUGAAAAGGCAGAAGACUUUUCGGAUCGAAUGAUCCCUCCAAUCUUAGGUGCAGCGUUGGGUCAACGAGGUAGCUUUAUUUGGCCUACGGGAGAUGGAUGGAAGAAAACUCGCAAGUUUGGACACAGCGCCUUUAGGAAUUUGGGAGUUGGUCAGAGAAGCAUGGAAAAUAAAAUCAUCGAGGAGGCAAGGUUGUUGGUGCAAACGUUUGAAUUGAAGGAGGGCGAGCCUUUGAAUCUCAAAAAGUUCAUCUCCCAUGCUAUUGGCAACGUCAUUUCAUGCUUAGUAAGUGGACAUCGCUUUGAAUACGACGACCCCAAAUUCACAAAGGUCGUUGGUGACCUCGAGCUAGUCACAGAAGACAUCUCACUGACAUCCAUCGGCAACAUUUUCCCGCUCCUCUAUUACACUCCACUCUUCGCCAAAUUCCGUUGUUCCAUUCAAGAAACCGUCACGUAUAUCAAAUCAAUAGUCAGGCAGCACCAGGAAAAGUUCGACCCUCUAAAUGUCGAGGACCUGAUCGAUCUCUACAUGGCCGAAGUAAAGCAACAACGAAAACAGGGCGUUACCGGUGUUGUCGAAGAGAAUUUGGAGUGGAGGCUGAUCUUCGAUAUCUUCGUAGCUGGCAUGGUCACCACAGGUGAUUCUUCGGUUUGGGUCAUCCUAUUCGUGGCACAGCAUCCGGAUCUUAUGAAAGAGAUCCAAAAAGAAAUCGAUGAGGCAAUCGGUGAAGAGCGAUCGCCCAAAAUGUCUGACCGAGAUACGUGCCCUCUCACCGUAGCAACACUAAUGGAAGCGCUUCGAAUACGUCCACCAGCGCCGCUGGGGUUACCGCGACUUACCAGUAGAGAUUCUACUGUACAAGGAUACCACGUUCCGAAAGACUCGGUUGUCAUAAUGAAUCUCUGGGAGAUUCUUAACAGUCCAAAGUACUGGAAUGAGCCUGAAAAAUUCAACCCAUAUCGUUUCUUGAGCGAGGAUGGACAACGUGUGAUAGAACAUCCUGCUUUCAUUCCGUUCGGAAUAGGACUUCGUCAGUGUCUUGGCGAAAAGCUGGCAAAAAUGGAACUGUUUAUCAUCUUUGCGAGUCUACUACAGAGAUUCACGAUUUGCCUGGCGGAGAACAGCCGAUCGGUUGGUAUUGAAGGGAAGGUGGGAAUUACAUAUUCCCCACCAAAGUUCGAGAUAAUCCUGAAGAAAAGGGAAACCAGUAACUGAUAGAGUAUAUAUUACGAUGUUCAUUUGAACUUUGGUGGGAUAACAUUUCCUAUGAAUAUAUUUAUUUAUCUAUUUUAUUUCCAGGCAAAAGACAACAAAGAUUAUGUACAAGAAGAAAUCACCGCCGACUAGUGCCUGAGGAUGACUAAAAGAAAAACUAGUUUCUGUUAUGAAGCUCUCCUAACUAGUCGGGGUUUACAAAUACAAAUAUAAAAUCGGUAUAAAUAUAGUAUAUGAAACAAUCAUUAUUUAUGUAAAUGGAUAAAGAUUCUGUUUUACUUUCCGAAAUCUAUAAUAAUCUUAUGUAUUCAUCAUUUGUAAGAAGAGAUUGACAGUUACUUCACUAAUAGAAUAAUCAAAUAGGUUUGUCAUUGUUUACAAGUUCGAUCGUGCAUGUAUUCUCAUUUUAAAAGCUACAGCUUAGUGUUAUUAUCAUAUCAGAUGAUUUUGGAAUAACAAGCUAAUGGUCGAUGAAAUGGCCCUGGGACGAUAUCUUUGCUUUUUUUUGACUGGGGGUGCUGAUAUAAAUUUGACAAGCAAAAAAUAUAUUUGAAAAAGGUGCACUGAAGAAUCAAGGUAAUUUUUCUCCUGAGAAAUUUGACAAGCAAGUAACAAAAAGGGGGGUCAGUAAAAUCUAUGGUAAUUUUUGUUACAUUUAUCUUUUUUUUUCACACCUACCAGAAUUCCAGGGGGUGCUGCCCGUACUGCUUACAGAGAAUAAUACACACAGCACCCCUAGCAUGCACCCCCGCUUCCCAGGGCCAUGUCGCCCUUGGAAGUUAUAUAUUUCUUUAUAAAUGCUGUUUAACCAUUACCAAUGCUGUAAACACUUGGCACCGAACAUACAUUUUUUAUUGAAGGGGUACUUUGGGCUGAAAAUUGUUAAAUUUAUUUAAAUAAAUAAUUAAAAAAAAAACUUUCACUGCGAAAAACGCGGUGUCAUAAAAAAUGACAUAAUCUGAUAGAGCAGUUGAAUAUUUGAUUCAGCAUUGUGAAAACAGUUAUACGUACACCGUCAUAAUGUUAUAGGUGGGCUCAUGAUGUCAUGUUCCCACCUUAUCUUUUUGUUACAUGAAAUUAUAAGUAUUUGAUUUUUUCAUUCAGUCGCCAAUAAGAAGAGGCGGUAAAUAACUAUAUCUACACUUCCAUCCAUAAUCAAAGAUAAAGGAUAAGUAUCUUCUUAGAGAAAUUAUGCGAGCGCAAGCUGAGAAAUUUUGAUAUUCCAAUCUGAAAAGGAGGAAAUUUAACAGGAAAUAGAUCACACUUUUUCAAUGAUGCGAACUCGAAGUGCAUGCUAUCUGAAAUUAUUUGAUAUUCCGAUCUAGGACUAUAGAAAUUAAUGAAAGAUAUGUAUCUCAUCAUUUAAUUGGCCUAAUGAGAGUGCGAAAUUUAAAUAUAUAUUCAGGCCUGAAUAGCACCUUUUGUAAUUGCAUACAGGAAGCGCAU